AUGGUUUCCACAAAGACAACGUCACUUGCUCUCUUUCUUGCUUUCAACCUUUCUUUCUUUUCCCUGGUCACUGCUUGUGAAGAGGAUUGCCCACCUUUGAAUCCUAAAUCAGAACCAAAGGCAAGCCCGAAACCAAACCCAACACCAAGCCCUCCCGGUGGAAAGUGCCCCAAAGAUGCACUUAAAUUAGGUGUGUGUGCUAAUUUGCUCGGUUCUUUGCUUAAUGCCACAAUUGGCAGUCCCCUUGUCCAACCUUGCUGCAGUGUUCUAGGUCUUUUAGAUCUCGAGGCUGCGGUUUGCCUUUGCACUGCCAUUAAAGCUAACAUCUUGGGUACCAACCUUAACAUUCCACUUUCUCCAAGCCUGCUCCUCAACGUCUGUGGAAAGAAGGUUUCAGAAGAUUUCCAAUGUCCAUAA